AUGUUUCGUUGUAUACCAAUAUUUAAAGGCUGUAACAGACAAGUUGAAUUUGUUGAUAAAAGACACUGUUCCUUACCAAAUGUUCCAGAGGAUAUUUUGCGUUAUUCAAGAAGUUUAGAAGAACUCUUACUUGAUGCCAAUCAUAUUAGAGAUCUUCCAAAGAAUUUCUUCCGUUUACAUAGACUAAGAAAGCUUGGUUUAAGCGAUAAUGAAAUUCACAAACUCCCUCCAGACAUUCAAAAUUUUGAAAAUCUUGUGGAACUUGAUGUUUCCAGAAAUGACAUUCCUGAUAUUCCGGAAAGCAUCGGAACUCUUCAGGCGCUUCAAGUGGCCGAUUUUAGUUCAAAUCCCAUACCUCGACUUCCGCCCGCCUUUAGCCAGCUAAAAGCGCUAACCGUUUUGGGACUUAAUGACAUGUCUUUAACUUUUUUGCCAGCUGAUUUUGGUAUGCUCACUUCCUUAAUCUCGCUGGAGCUUAGAGAAAACCUGCUUAGAGAACUACCCAACUCAUUAGCAUCGUUGACAAAAUUAGAAAGAUUAGAUUUGGGCGAUAAUGAAAUCGAGGAAUUGCCUUCUCAUAUAGGAAAACUUCCUGCUUUACAAGAAUUGUGGCUAGAUCAUAAUCAACUUCAAAAUUUACCAUCGGAUAUUGGGCAGUUAAGCAAUUUAACUUGUCUGGAUUUAUCGGAAAAUCGUCUAGAGAACCUUCCUGACGAUAUAGCCGGAUUAGAGAGUCUUACUGACUUACACUUAUCACAAAACGUUCUAGAAACGCUGCCUGAUGGGAUAGGCAAAUUGGAAAAACUUACGAUUUUAAAAGUGGACCAAAAUAGAUUGACUUCUUUGAACGCAAAUAUUGGUUGUUGUAAUAACCUUCAAGAAUUAAUCUUAACAGAAAAUUUUCUUAGUGAACUGCCCAUUGAAAUAGGACAUUUAAUAAAACUUACCAACCUAAAUAUAGACCGUAAUAGUUUAUCUGCGAUUCCCGAGCAGUUGGGAAACCUUUACGAACUUGGAGUGUUAAGUUUGCGCGACAAUAGGCUAACUUCAUUGCCGGAAACUCUUGGCAGUUGUAAAAGGUUACAUGUGUUAGAUGUGUCAGGUAACAGACUACCCCAUUUACCCUACUCUAUUCUUCAAUUAAGCCUUAAGGCUGUUUGGUUGAGCGACAACCAGGCGCAACCUUUGCUGACCUUUCAAACUGAUACGGAUUCAAAUACUGGAAAAACUGUGCUUACGUGUUUUCUAUUGCCACAGCAGGAGUACCAGCCCACGAUAGGUAAAUAUUAA